UCUGAACAAGUGGAGGGGGAAAAUCAAGCGAAGCGGUGGAGGUGGAGUCUUGCGUUCAGAGGGAGGAAAACCAGCAGAACAGCAGGAAAAGAGAAAAAGCACCAGACACAACAACGUCAGGGGGGAGGACGUGAGGAUUAAGCGCGACAAUUGACACACUUGGAAUUAAGAAAAUAGGUGCUGUGAGAAGAGAGGAGAGAGCAAGAUGAUAACGCCCUAUUUCCUGGAAAAUUUCUGGGGCGAAAAAAACAAUGGAUUUGAUGUACUGUAUCAUAACAUGAAACAUGGCCAGAUAUCCAGCAAGGAGCUAGCAGACUUCAUCAGAGAAAGGGCCACCAUAGAGGAGGCAUAUUCAAGAUCAAUGACCAAACUGGCCAAGACUGCUAGCAACUGCUCUCAGCUAGGGACAUUUGCACCAGUGUGGGAAGUGUUUAAACACUCCACAGAGAAACUGGCUCUGUGUCACCUGGAGCUGGUCCGCAAGCUGCAAGAGCUCAUCAAGGAAGUCCAGAAAUAUGUAGAGGAGCAAGCCAAAAAUCAUAAGAAGACAAAGGAGGAAGUGUCGACUACAUUGGAGGCAGUGCAGAAUAUUCAAAGUGUGUCACAGGCAUUACAGAAAAGCAAAGAGAACUACAUCAGCAAGACCCUUGAACAAGAACGUAUGCGGAAAGAGGGAGCCACACAGCGAGACCUGGACAAGGUACACAAACUGAGACAAAUAUAUCCAAUACUUCGUGUGGCUGGAUUGAAGGUCAAGAAAGCCACUGAGUCCUACAAAGCAUAUGUGGAUAAAUAUGCAACCGCAAAGACCGAAUUUGAGCACAGAAUGUCAGAAACUGCACAGAAAUUCCAGGGCAUUGAAGAGGAACACAUCUUGCGUAUGCAGGACAUUAUUCAUUCAUACUCUCAGUCUGUUGAGGAGACGCACACACAGAUCGGAGAGGUGCAACAAGAGUUUGUGAAUAACAUGGAGAACACUUCUGUCGAAAGCCUCAUACAGAAACUUGCAGACAGCAAAGGGACAGGCAAAGAGAGACCAGGACUCAUUGAAUUUGAGGAAUGUAACGUCUCAGUCGCCACCGAAGGUGCCAAACCCAGAAAAAGAAAGACCUUUGUCAUACCAGGUCUGCGAAGAGACAAAGAUACAGAUUCCACUGAAUCGGCAGAAGUAGAAGCUGUUAACGCUUCCAACGGAGCUCCCCCAGGUUUCUAUGGUGCUAUAGAUCUUCAUAACGCAAAUGUGCCUCAGUUGGACGAGGAGGGCUUCUGUAUCCGACCAGAAGUCAACGAGAAUGAUGCCAAAGAGAACUCCUUUUAUUCGUCCAGUGACUCGGAUGAUGAGGACGAGCCAAGAAAGUUUCACGUCAAGAUCAAACCCGUGCAGACCAACAACGGCACCCACCAGCAAAAAGCCACCCUAGAUGAGCUGAAGGCCUCUAUCGGAAACAUCACGCUCUCGCCCACUCCUGCAGUUCAUUUGAAGAGGAACCAAUCCAGAUUGACACGACAACACACAUUCCCUUCUUUUAUCUCAAAGUCAGGUGAUGAGCUGGGACGAACCAAAAUACCACAGCCUUUUUCGAACGAUAGAUUAGCCAAUAAUGACCUGCUGUCUCUGGAUCCAUUUGGCCCAUCCAGCACUGGCUCUGGCUCGUCUGGACCCCACUCAUCAGACUUGGCUUCUCUGUUCCUAUCCUCUUUCUCUACAUCUAUCCCCCUGCAAUUAAAUGAUGAGGUCUUUGAAGACCCAGAAGUGGAUUUACAGCCAGAGCCCAGCUCUCCAUCAGAAGUCAGUCUUGAGGUUGCAGAGCCUCCUGCUUUUCCACUUCCCAGUAAACUUCCUACAUCUAUUGCCAACUCGUUCCCCUCUGUCCCCUCUCUUCCCUCCACCUCUCCUUGGGAGCUCCCCAAUGAGGCUUUUGCCCCAGUCAGUUCCGCCCCGGCUAGAGCUACGAGUGUGCCUCCAGCUCUACAGGCUCCUCCUAAGGACUACACUACCCACAGUCCUCCUCUCAGUGCUCCAGCAACCGGUCCAGAUGCAGUUGCUUCCUGGGCCCAGAGUCAAUGGAUUGCCUUUAAUGAUACCUUUGUGCCUUGUCGUGGACCGUCUUAUCAGGCAGCACGGCCACGGUCUGUGCCCUUGUCUCAACAAACUAAGCUGUUCUCCAGAGGGCCUGCUGCUGACUCCUUUGCCAGCACUGGGAGAGACGAGUUCGCCCUUUCUCAGAAGGAAGCACCAGUGAGAGGAACGCAGGAUGUACCACCUCCAAACAGGCCAACCACUCCUCUGGGCACAGCAACCAUAGUCCCUCCUCCAAGACCAUUAUCACGGCCCAAAAUUCCUGCUGGCAAGUUGACUGGCAUAAAUGAGACCGGCCGACCAUUUAGCCCUCCUAAAGUGUUAAACUGCAGCCCUCCUCCUGCUCCCCUCGCUCGAGCCGAGAGCUCCUCCUCCCUCAGCUCUAACACCUCCCUGAGCGCCAGCAACACACCGACUGUCGAGGACGAUGUGAUCAUGGGGAAACUGCCCACAUUUGAGAAGAGAUGUGAGACACCGGCAGGGACCUCCCGUGGGCCCAGUCCUGUGACGUUGGCAUCCCAUGAUGCAUUGCCCAUUGCUGUAGCAUUCACUGAGUCAGUUAAUGCCUAUUUCAAAGGAGCAGAUCCCAGCAAGUGCAUUGUGAAGAUCACAGGAGACAUGACCCUAUCAUUUCCAAGUGGCAUCAUAAAAAUUUUCACGUCCUCUCCGUCUCCUGCUGUACUCAGCUUCAAACUCUCAAACACUAGCAGACUAGAGCAGAUCAUGCCUAACCAACAGCUACUGCACAGCGACUCCUCCCAGAGCGACACAAACACUAAAGACUUCUGGCUAAACAUGCCUGUAUUGACGGCAUACCUCAGGAAGAGCUCUGAGCAGAACCCUACUGCAUCAUAUUACAAUGUCGACGUCCUCAAAUACCAGGUAUGUUCAAAUGGGAUCCAGUCAACACCUCUGAACCUUGUAGUGUAUUGGAAAUGCAGCCCUACUACCACAGAUCUGCGGGUGGACUAUCAGUACAACCCAGAAGCUAUGCAGCCCCCUGCAGCACUCAGUAACAUACAGGUGUUAGUACCUGUCAGCGGCGGGGUUACUAACAUGCAAUCCCUCCCAACAGCCAUCUGGAAUGCAGAACAGAACAAGUCUUUAUGGAAAUUGAGCGACAUCUCUGAAAAGUCUGAAAAUGAAGGAUCUGGUUCUUUGAGGGCAAAGUUUGAGCUGUCUGAUGGCCCAUCCAUCCCCGCCACAAUGGCUGUUCAGUUCUUCAGUGAGGGCAGCACUUUGUCUGGUGUAGACAUGGAACUAGUAGGCUCUGGUUACCGGCUCUCCCUUAAUAAAAAGAGAUUUGCUACUGGUCGCUAUAUGGCUGACUGCUGAGAUCUGAGCAGAAUAAACACACAGGGAAUCUGGAGGUGAAUUUCUGAUCUAUUCUGUCAAUGCUUCAAAAUGAUAUUUCUGGUGGAUCUUUAGAGGCGAUGGAAAAAGAGGGUGAAGGCCUCUCAUGCUUCUGUUUCCUCUCCACGUUCUGAAUGGUCCAGUUCCAGAGAAGCACCUUUCUGCAGACAAGAGAUUUUUAUACUACAGUAACGUAGCACUGAGUAUCAAACACUGUAAAAAGAAAAAUAAAACAAAAAAAAAACUAAAAAGACGAAACGUCAGGAUAUUGGUGAAUGAAAUCAUUAAUCUUUGAUACUUUUUGAUCUAUUCAGACUUUUAUAAAGUCAAAACGGUAGUGUUUGUUCUUUAUAUGUAUAGUUAACAAUUUGUAAUAUGAAUUAUAUGUGUAUAAACAUACAGAAGCAUAUCUAAGCAAAAAAGGAGAAUACUGCACUAACAAUCUUUCUGUAUAUUUGUGUAGCAUUCAUUCAUUUCUACUUGCAAUCCGCCGAAAAGUGGCUCAUCCGCAGAUUUAAAAAUGCUUUAUUUGUCCAAAAUCCCAUUGGUAAUUCAGCAUUACACAAUAUUUGCUAAAUUCAAUAAUUGUUCCUGCUUUCAUUUGUUUUCUUUUUUUCCCGUCUACAGUAUAUUUCUGUGUUUCUCUUUAUAAAUGUGCAAUGAAGGUUUAAGCUUUCAGAAUGACUUUAAUGGAUUGCUGGUAAAUUUUAGUGCCAUUUUUAACAUUGUCAAGAGAACUUACUAGUUAGUUGUGUGCUUUGCAUAACAGCAAAAGGAAAUUUAAACACUGACCUCAGUGCCUCCUUCCUGUUACUUAAACUAAUUGUACAGCAGAAGCAUUUACAUAUUUAAGUGUGAAAGAGACGAUCUUUCUCCCUUUUUCGAUUUCAGGAUCUCAUAUCAUAUCAUAUAUCUUCCUUUGUUAUUAUUAUUAUUAUUAAGUGCCAGUGCAGUUUCUGAUAAGAUUUUGCUUCUCAGUUGAAUUAAAAGGGAAACCGUAAAAUCGAAAUAUCAAAUUUAGCCUUUGUUCUUUAAACUCCUUGUACCAAAACCCUUGUCCUGUGCCUCUUUGGUCAUGUUUAUAUGCAUUGUCCAGUAUAAGCACAUGCUCAGGCUUUAUAGAUAGAAACCUUGGUGUAAUUUUACCAAAAUAUCCAGCGAAAAAAUCAUCACUGUGAUAUAAAAGCGAACCCUGACUUGAUGACUGUUGAACUUUUAGAGGGAUUUUUGUUGAUAAACAGACCAAAUGUUUUGGAUGUUUGAAUAUUGAGAUGAAUUACAGUGUAGUUUGAUAUCAAUUUCUCAGUUAUUUUAAGGAACAAGGGUACUUUUUUAUGUAUUUCACAUCGUUUGGAGAGUUUUGUAUUUUUGCUUAAGAUAAAUGGCUCAGAUUAGUGAAUGGCUUUGCCAAAUAUUGUCUGAAAAGCACAAUAAGAUGCAGUGGGCCAAUGAAAAUCACAGGGAAGCUGAAAUGUGUGCCUGGUCCCAGAAUCGUCUACCCCCAGACCCCCCAAAUCUACUCUCUUUAAAUAUUGUUUAGUUUUUGUACUACACCGGUUCACCAUCUUUUUAUUCUCAAAUGUUUUUUCUGUAUAUGCUGGAAACCAGUGGAGAGCAUGCAGUGGUUUGGUUGUGAAAACCCUGUUAGCCCCCUUUAAGGGCUAUUUGCCUUGUCCUCUGUGGAAGACCAUGUCUCCAAUGGCUACCUACCCCAAUACAGUACCUUAAACACUAAAAAACACCAAAUGUCAACAAUGAAGGAUCUCUUGAAUCUGGAAACAGUGACAUUUUUUUUAGAAACAUGCCUUGUUUUCACCAGGAACCUUUUUCAAUUGUAGCCUAACAGUUUUGUGAAGUAACAAAGUGAAGAUUUUAUAUACUGAAUCCUCACCAUUUGUUUGUAAUUUUUUUAAGAAUUGUGAUUUUAAUUCAUUUGUAUAAAACUGUGGUGUUGGUAUUACAAGCACAGAGGCAGAAAUCAACUGGUGAACAUCCAGGUCAAUGUAGCUUUCAAAUACAUACAACAAUAUUGCCUUCUUCAGUCCAGGGCUUCUUUAAAAGAAUAUGAACUAAUGGUGUAGUUAGCGAGCUGGUUCUUGCUGCCUCUACAGACAUCACGUGAAUAUUUGAAUAUCAUUCAGAACAUUUUAAAAGGUCUCUUUUAUGUCCACAUUUAAUGAAAAUGUAAAAGAUUUGCGCAAGUAAUUUUUUUUUUACUCACAUAAUGUACAUUUUUACAAAUAUUUCUGCCAUUUUUCUCUGCUUUAUGAUGCUCUGUGUCAGUAAUAAAUGUGUAAUAUAUAUAAAACUAUACAAAUAUAAAAUAUAUUACAGAAUA